GAAGGAGGGAAGGAGGAUGAGCGCUAGUGAGGGGCUGUGCUCUAAAUAAGAGGGAGAGUGAGUGCAAGGGAGCUGAAGUCAGACAGAGGCAGAGACAGACAUUCAGACAGGAGCAAAGAGCUGAGUGGAAAAUUCUUUUGGAAAAUCAGUUCUGCUGUCAGCUCCCACAACAUGACCAACUUUGCAGGCACUUGGAAGAUGAAGAGCAGUGAGAAUUUUGAUGAACUUCUGAAAGCCCUGGGUGUGAAUGCUAUGUUGAGGAAAGUGGCAGGAGCAGCUGCCUCUAAGCCCCACGUGGAGAUCCGCCAGGAUGGGGAACAGUUCUACAUCAAGACCUCUACAACUGUCCGUACUACAGAAAUCAACUUCCACAUUGGCCAAGAGUUUGAUGAGGAGACCGUAGAUGGGAGAAAAUGCAAGAGUUUGGCCACUUGGGAGACUGAAAAUAAGAUGUACUGCAAGCAGACACUUGUGGAUGGAAAUGGCCCAAAAACAUUUUGGUCAAGAGAACUUCGAGGAGAAGAACUGAUACUGAUAUUUGGUGCAGACAACGUGCUGUGCACACGGAUUUACAUGCGAGACUAGAAGCAAUCUGGAUUCGACAUGGACAGUUUCCCAGUUUCACCCAACCUGAGCGUCCCCUCCUCCAGACUCAACAUCAAUAUGCUUAUGUAAUGUAGGAUGUCGUCACUGCUCCUGCACCCCAUUACUGCAUCUCUCCCUCUCAGUAGCUCAUUUGUGGUGAUUGCUAUAACUUUGACGUGUUUUACAAGUGCUGUGAUUUUGUAUCUGUAACUUAUCCUCUCAACAUCCAGUCAUCCUUUUACUGUUGGAAAUGAGUAGAUUAAUAGUAUUGCAAACAUAAACAAAAUAAAUAAAAAAUCAUCAAAAUGAA